UUAGUGGAGGGGGGGCCCGGCGGCGAGAGAGAAAGUCAAGUCAAUGUUAUUUGUCUAUCAACACUUGGUUUCUCAACCAUCCGUUUACACCACUCUUCUGGAUUCAUAAAUAUCUGCUGCUGGAUGGUAUCCUCAGAUAUCGUCGCAGAGGAGAGAGAAUCGGCCAGAUCUGAUUCCUCUCCGGGACAGGAAGAUCAAAACAAGCCUGUGGGAUGGAUUUCUCCGACGUGAGCACGGUUAUCAGCCUCCCUGUGCUUGUAAAAAUCACAGAUAACUUUUCUGACAAGAAAUCAGUUGGCAAAGGUGCGUAUGGAGAAGUUUACAAGGCUCUAUACAAUGGCCAAGAGAUCGCAGUGAAGAAGCUUCAUCCCUUGGCAGGACUUAAUGAUGAACCAUUUGACAAUGAGUUCCGUACCCUAAGCCAGAUCCAGCAUCAAAAUGUCGUUCAACUAAUUGGCUACUGCCACGAAUCACGAAUUAAUUACGUUAAGCAGGAUAAAGAAAUAAUUAAGGCUACUGUGAAGGAGCGGAUCCUCUGCUUCGAAUAUAUGAAGGGUGGAAGCCUUGAGAAAUACAUCAAAGAUGAUUUUUGUGACCUUGAUUGGCCCAUAUGUUACAAAAUAAUUAGGGGUGCAUGUGAGGGUUUAAAUCACCUUCACAAUGAGCUAGACGAGACUAUUUACCACCUGGACUUGAAACCUGCUAACAUACUACUGGACGAGGACUUGACGCCCAAACUUGCAGAUCUUGGUAUAUCCAGAGUUGUUUACACAACGAGAACCCACCAUACAGAGAGACUCACCCUCCAAGGAACACUCGGGUACAUGCCACCAGAAUACAUAGAUCAUAGUGAUAUAUCAAAGAAAUUUGACGUGUACAGUUUGGGAGGUGUCAUUAUAAGACUAAUGGAUGGAAACAAGUGCAGCACCCGCUACUCUGGUAUGGGUGCCCAAGAAUAUAUUAAGCACGUAAUGGAAAACUGGGAGAGAAGGCUGCAGGGGACUUCGAGGUCUCAACCACACAAAAUAGGCAUACUACAAGCCAAGAUGUGUCUUGACAUAGCAUUACGAUGCGUGGAGAGGGACCGAAGUAAAAGACCAACUAUUAAGGAAAUCGUCGGUGAACUGGAAGAACUAGAAGCCAAGAUUAAAAAAAUGUCACUAGAUCAGUCAAAAGGCACAGUUGGUCAGACAAGACCUGACACUAGAGUCGUUGCUGCCGAUCCGAAGGAGCUGCGCUUCCUGUUCAAGCCAAGGAUGGACAUAUCAACCUGCCUGCAGCUUACCAACUUGACUGAUGGCUUCCUUGCGUUUAAGAUAAAGAUCAACCAAAGUAAGUACUACACGCAGCCUAACAAAGGAAUCAUGGAACCGUGUUCCAGGUGCUACAUCUCUGUGACGCUGAGGGCACAGGAGGCGGCACCGCCGAAUAUGCAAUGCAACGACAUGUUCAUUGUGGAGAGCGCCAAUGUCCACGAGGAAUUCACAACUGAUGAGAUCACUGAAGAAUGCUUCCAGGACGACCAAGUUAUGGCAGGAAAAGUGGAGGAACUGCCAAUUGUUUAUGUCGCAACUAAUUAAUUUCCACGCCACUAUUAAUUAGUGUUGCCAACAGAGGGUUAUUUGUUCACUUGUGGAUUUAUUAUGCUUUUCGGAGUGUGGUUACCUUUGAGGGCAUGUUCGUUUACCUUCAAUCCAAGUGGAUUGGAGGGGAUCAAAGGGGAUUUUCACUUGUUGGGGAUCAAAUCCCUCUCAAUCCCCUCCAAUCCAUUGGGAUUAUAUUAGUGAUGAAACAAACAUGCCCUGAUGGUUAUCGUGCAUGGAUUGAUUUAUUAUCAUAUGGUAUCAUAUAUGAAUCUACUUGCUGCGUAUGGGUUUUCGAAUAA